AGGCUGCAUAUUGUGCAGUUCUACAGUACCUACAGACAGUGCACUGCACACACACUGUAUCCGCGCAGAUCGAGAGAGACUGGCUGGCACUGACAAGUCAAGAACACGAGAAACCAAACCGGAAUUUAUCAACUAAAAUUAUCGACACGACUCUGGACGUUGCACUUAAGGAAAACAACAAUGUAUAGUCAGAAAUAAGUCGGAUAUUUUUGCACAUCGAUUUGCAGUGACAUUUUGUGAAUAAUUUCUUGUUUUAUAUGUCUGUUCCAGUUGGGGUAUGUCAUGACAGCUAUUGAUAUCAAGUCCUGUCGCUUUUUGCAGACGCUCUAAUUGAAAGAGAAAAAACGGUUGAAGUUAAUGAGUUCCCCGAGCCUCAGCGACCUGGGCAAGUGUGAGAAGGCAGUAUUGGAUGAACGAAGCACACAGCAGAGACGAGCAGGCGCAAAUGCCACUUGGAACAGCAUUCACAAUGCAGUGAUCGCUGUGUUCCAGAAGAAGGGGCUUGCAGACAAUGAACUUUAUACCCUGAAUGAGGGUGUGAGGCGGUUGUUAAAAACAGAACUGGGAUCAUUUUUCACUGAAUACCUCCAGAAUCAGUUGCUUACAAAAGGCAUGGUUAUAUUAAGGGACAAAAUAAGGUUCUAUGAAGGUCAGAAGUUACUGGACUCUUUGGCUGAGACGUGGGACUUCUUCUUCUGUGAUGUCCUCUCUAUGCUUCAGGCUAUUUUCUAUCCCGUUCAGGGAAAGGAGCCCUCGGUUCGCCAGUUAGCUCUGCUUCACUUCAGAAACAUCAUCACCCUCAAUAUAAAACUUGAAGAUGCCAUCUCCCGGCCACGUGCCAGAGUGCCACCCUCCAUCAUCCAGAUGCUGCUAAUACUACAGGGGGUUCAUGAAUCUAAAGGAGUGAGUGAUGAUUAUUUGAAACUGGAGUCCCUGAUCCAGAAGGUUGUCUCUCCUUACUUAGGGACACAUGGACUAUUCUCUGGUGAUGGAAUGGUGACGCAGUGCUCAUGUGUUAUGGAAAAGAGAUUGCUGCGGCGCUGUCCCAAACCAGGGGAGGGUAUAGGAAAAAACCCAGUGGUGCGCUCAAAGAGUUACAACAAUCCAAUGCUGACCCCCGUGGCUGAGUAUGAGACAGAGAUGGGCUCUGCCAAUGGAGCGAGCAUUCGGCGCCACUCUGUCUCAGAAAUGACUUCCUGCCUUGAAGACCAAGGCUACUCCAACCUCACCACAAUCAUGGAUGUGGAUUCCAAAGUGUCUAUGACCAUGGCCGGCUUUUCAGGGGAGCAGGACCUGAUCUUGACAGGUGAUGCCUCACCUUCCCCUGACCCACAACCGGAAGAUUUAGAGGGCCAAGACCUCAGUGAUGAGCAGGCUUCUCCUACUGAGCUCGUCAAAGACUCCUCAUCCAUACCAGCCUGCUCUUCUAGCCCGGAAACAAUAGUGGACCAGAUUUUGGAGUCCAUGGACUCGGAUCCAGAAGGACUUUUCAUUGAUUUUACUCACCGCUGUUCAGACUCCCCUAGCUACAACAGGGAGCCUAGCAGACGGAGUGUGGUGUAGGGGGAUUAUGACACAUCAGUUACAAGCAGGUGUGCUUGGUGAGGGGUUGACAGUAACUGUGACAAUCAGCAAUGCAGUAUUUGAUUCUGGCUAGUUUCUUGCGAGAUUGCUUGACAAUUUUUAUGGUAUUUUUAUCACUUUGAUAUUUUUUUUAAUAAACUGAGAUUUGUUCAUCAUAGUUCACUGCCAGAAAUCCACUUUUGUUUUAAGCAUUCUACUUCACCAAAGGUGCUGUACAUUAAACUUAAUUUUCAAUUAAGGGAAUUGUGAACACCAUCUGCCUGUCCCUGUAAAUUAUGGUUUGAUAUUGUAUUAGAGGAUUCUAUCACAUCAUGUGAAAAGCAUCCUUUCAUUAGUCCUGCUUAGUUAUUUUUCUCACAGUAAUUGGUACUGGCUUCUAAAAUGACUUUGUAAAACUAUUUUGCAAAGAACAUAAUAGGGGAAGCAAAUGAGCAUUGCAUAAAACAAAAUGAGUGACAGGAACUAAAGCAUUGGAAAAUAUUAUGAUUCUUCUAGCUGAAGAACCUUGUGGUUUUGCAUUGUACUUCCUGGCCAAGAUGUUAAACAAGAGGAGGAAGCAGAUGGGUUUACACUUCCACUAUUAAGUUGAAUAAUAAUGAAGAACGUUUGAUUUUCAUUUUGUUUUUUCUUUCAAUCAUGGUGUACUGUACGUUAGAAAUGUCCUACCCCAGUAAGUGAUUGUUUGAUGGAGUAGCAUUAUACUGGAAUAGUACUUGAAAUAUGGUGGUGUUGAACAUUUAAAUGUUACACUGUAAAAUCUCUUAAAUCCUUAACUUUUGGUGCAGUAGAAGCAAUUGUUUGUAACUGCAGGGUCAUCUCUUCUGCAUCACAGAAACAGUUAUCACUGGUACCUGUAGUGGAAAAUGAAAAUUGUUUUUUAUGGCAUCAAAGGGAAAGUGGAGCAGACAUUGUUUUCUGCCUGGAGUUAUAAAUUAAUAGUUUCUUUAGUUAGUACGUGCGUCUGAGCAUUUAAUAGAGAUGUCACUUACUUUUGGUUUACUUGCACCUAUUAGCCUAUAACAACUAAGAUUUGUUUUUAAAACUACUGAGUAGUAAAGAACAAAGCAAACACAGUUCCGAUUCACAGAAUUUUAAAAAGCACAUAAUGUCAUUCGCAAUCUAAUUUUUGUUUUUUUCUUCAGUUCUUUUGAAAUAAAUUACAAAUUAAAAACAAAUUAAAUAAUGUGAUUGGAAGAUUUUUCACCGAUUUUGUAUUUUUGAAAUAUAUAGAAAUAUACAUUUUAACUGUCAGAGAAAACUGAUUUGCAUUUUCAAGAUAUUUGCACCAAGAAAAAUAAAGAUAAUUUUCGAAAAAGUACCACAAGGGAGUGUGCAUGAUAAAUCUUUGAUACCUGUUAACAGAAUUGAUAUUCUGGAAGUGGUAAGCAUGGAGGUUACUGGUCUUUUUCACAGAAGUACAGCUGAUUUUUCCUUAUUUGAAUGAGUACAGGGCUUUUCUUACAUUGCUGUGAACAACUACACUUUUUACAUUAAAUACUGUGUGUAGACUGGUUCUCAUAUUCUUCUGCAGCUCAAAAGAGAUAAAAUGAACACUAGAGUCUGAAAUCCUCAUAUACAUUGCCUUCCCAAAGUACUCAGGCACUUCCAAUGGUGUGCCAGUUGAUGAAAUUACAAAACGAUGCAUAUACUGUACAUUUUUUACAUUUACAGUAUCUGUGGUUUUCUGUAACAUUAUCUCUGAGUUGUUUUGAAAGCUCCUUGCUGUUCAUGCUUGAAUCUUUGCUUAAAAUUUCAGUACUUGACUGCUGGACAUUACAGAGAUAUAUUCCAUCCAACUUUUAACAACUUCUUCCAGUUCAGGGUAGCAGGGGAGCCAGACCUGUUCAGGCAUGUAACCAACACAUGGCAGGAUACUGCAGGGCAGAUACAUACAUGCACGCCCUCACACCUAGGGACACUUUUCCCAGAAGGCAAUUAACCUACCACUAUGUUUUUGGACAGUGGGAGGAAACUCAAGUGAAUACUGGGAGAAGACCCGAAAUCCACACAGAUAGGUCCUAGGUCUGGCAUUGAAACCAAGGCACAAUCUUUGCGAGACCACAAGACUAGCCACUGUUUUACUGUGCCACCUCCUUAAAGAGAUAGGUGUAUUUGUUAUGAAAUCAUGUGGACCAUUAUUUCUGCACACAGAGGUCACUCAACUAAUUUUGUGAUUUUGUGGCUUUUUUAUGGUAAUGUAAUGCACUUAAAUUAUUUUACAUUUGCCAAGAGUUUGAGUUUUCAUUUAUCACCACUUUU